AUGGAUGAAUGCCACUUGGGGACCUACAAAUGCCAUGUCAAAGCUCGUUGCGAAAAUAUUCCUGGUACCUAUAGAUGUAGAUGUGCGCCGGGCUUAGCGGGAACUGGGAAAACUUGUGGGGCACCGAAUGCCACAGUAAUAUCUUCUUGUACCAAUUUGACUGUAUGGCAGUCAGACUCAACCGGGUAUAUUGAAUCCAACGAUGCCCCCAUACGUGGUCUCGUAGAGACCUACAAAAGUGACAUGGACUGUACAUGGAAUAUAACCUCAAAUGGUCAUAUUGAACUCGUCUUUAUCCGUUUAAAUACUGAGGAUAAGGUCGAUAUAGUCACUGUGUACGAUGGUGCAUCACGUUCUUCCCCUGUGAUUGGUACUUUGUUUGGAAGUACUUUGCCUAGGCAAUCUUUGACAAGCACGUCUAACAACCUUUACGUAAGAUUUACGUCAGAUAUUUCUAAAGAAUUUGCAGGAUUUCGGGCACGUUACCGAG